ACCUUAGACUCAACACACUCUAAAACUUACACUACUCUCUUACAACAAGCUCAUCCAUCAUCUACUUUGAUUCUCAUUUUCAAAAGAAGUAAUUGAAGCAAUGGAUUCUGGAACUGGCUACAGAUUCCACCCGUCGGAUUUCGAAUUGGUCGAUCAUUACUUAAGGCAGAAAAUGCUCGGCAAUGAUGACGAAGUCUGGCAAAUUCCUGAGGUUCAAGUCCUCAAUUUCGAACCGUGGGAAUUACCCCAGCAUUCGAUAACGUUAAGCAGCUCGAACGAUCAAGUGUGGUAUUUCUUUUGCACUCCGAAUUACAAGUACUCCAAUAGCAAGCGCGUCGACAGAACAACCAAUGCUGGAUACUGGAAAGUUACCGGCAAAGAACGUAAAAUCGAGGAUAUUGGAUUUAAAAGGACUUUGGUUUUUCAUCAUGGUCGUCCUAAAGGAGUUAAAACAAAUUGGAUUAUGCAUGAAUACACUCCCACUUUCGACUUCCAGACUCAUAGGGAGUUUGUUGUUUGCAAAAUAAAGAAAAGGCCGGAUGAAGAAGAAGACGGAUCAAGUAGUUCUAUGGUACCUGCUUAUACUGAAAAUCAAACCUAUAAUUCAACCUUUCAGCAAGAAUUUAAUCCAUCGGUCCAAUCUGCUUUUGGAAAUUACGCAACCGAGGAGGAGACUCACGAGGAAACAUAUAUGCAAUCAUUUCAGGGGUACGACGAGCAAGAUUACAAUCUUAACUUUGCAUUUCAGUGGCGAAAUAACUAUUAAUCAAUGAAAGAUAGCCAAUGUCAUAAGAAAUAUUAAUAUUGUUGUUUGUUGUUUGUUGUUUGUCUGCAUGCCAAUAGUUGUACACGAAUGUUUUUUAUCUUAUCUAAAAUAAUAUGAUAUUGUCUGUCAAAUACAUGUAGUUGUAUGCAUAUCUAUUAAAUCUUUCCAUAAGUUUCGAGUUGGAUUCCUUUG